AUCACCCCCUCCCCCCCACACUACGCCGCGCGUCACGUGAUCCGCGCGUGCUCUCGCGCUCACAUGACCCGCGUCACGUGACCGCGCCGAAGAUUCAACAUCGCAGCGAGACCGGGUGCCUGAGAUCGCGCACCGCGAGAGAUUCAGCCGCGCUCAGACCACGCCGCACGACGACGACAACAACAACCGCGGCGUAUCGGUGGCUGUUGCAAGGCGUGGUAUGGCGUCGGAGGGGAGCCCCAACCGUUACGAAGUGCUGGAUCCUGAACCUAUGAGAAGCGCCGUGCCACAUCUCACCAGCUUCAAACCGCUGUCCCCGCAUGAGGAGGACCUUCCACCUCUCCGCUCUGCCUAUAGCUCCAUCAUCAACCUCUUUCGCUUCAAAGGGAGUGAUCCAGUCGUGCACAAGGGUGAGCAGCAGGUACGAGUUGAAGGGAGCAUGGAUUCCCAUUUCACUCCCCGAAGGGAGUCUCAGACGGAUUCGUGGCAUGACCCUCGCCAGGAAUCCAGCUCGGACACGAGACAGGGCGCCCGUGAGCACAGAAGCCGCACUGUGCGCUCAUCCGGCCAGGAUGCAUCACAAAGGAAGGAAGAAGGACCAAUAGACCCACGCUCAGCAGUGCAGCUCAGAAGUCUGGGUACAGUGGUGAAGAGGUUGAAGGAAAUCAUGGAUGGCAAAAGUCAGGACACAGACCUCAAACAGUAUUGGAUGCCGGACAGUCAGUGCAAGGAGUGCUACGACUGUGGGGAAAAGUUCACCACCUUCCGCCGCCGCCACCACUGCAGGCUUUGUGGCCAAAUCUUCUGCAGCCGUUGCUGCAACCAGGAGAUCUCUGGAAAGUUUAUGGGCUACACAGGAGAUCUACGGGUGUGCAACUACUGUAAUAAGGUGGCUAUGAGCUACACGGCCUCGGCAGAUGGAGGCUCCCUGGGAGAGGACCUUUCCCUGCUGGCCGACCAGGCGUGCGGUGGGAAUGGUACUGGGGCUGCUGGUGGGAGUAUCACGGCUGCCCUAGAACAAAGCCACAGCGAGCCUCGCACACCGAUUGGGUCGCGCAAACCCAGCCGCGUUGGUUUCUUGGAGGAACAAGUCACUUGGGGCAGCCGAAUGGUGCAGGAGCCGCAGAGCAGCGCUCGAGCAACUCUCUCCCGCCUGAGCUCUGUGCCAGAGGAAAUCACUCUCUCGCCAUCUCAUAAGAGUGCUGCAAGUCCACAAGUUGGCCGGAGUUACAAGUUGGAUAUGACAGAUGAAGAGCGAAAGUUAUUAUUGGACUCGGUGCAGCUCAAGGAGCUGUGGCGGAGGGUCUGCCAUUCGAACACUGGCAUGGAGUUCCGCGACCACCGUUACCGCCUGCGCAACCACCCCAACACCAUCGUGGGCAAGGAGCUCAUAGACUGGCUCACUUUAAACGGGCACGUGUCCACCAGGGAGCAGGGUCUUGGGAUAGGGCAAGCAUUGGUUGAUGGUCACUGGCUGGAUUGUGUCACCCACCUCGAUCAAAUAUUCCGAGACGAAUAUGCACUGUACCGACCUCUGAAGAAAAUGGUGUCGUCAGAGCCAGCUUCCCCUGACACAGCUUCACUGGACUCUGUGGAGGGCCCAUCGGAGCCCACGUGGUUCAAGGACAUUAAGUACGAAGACAGCGACUCGGAGGGCUCGCCAGGGAAUGAGCGUAUGAACAGCCUUCUAAAAGGACGAAGCAGCCCAGAGAAGCGGGCGUCAGUGAGCAGCUUCCAUUCUGUGGCAAGCACAGAUUCAGCCGCCUCCGUCAGCCUCAGCAGCGAUCUGGACAAUGUCAACUUCCACGUCAAGAGGCAUUCGAGCCAGCCACAUGUGCCUCCGCACUACACCGAGCAGAGAGCUCAUGUUCUGGCUGGACAGCAGUCCCAGGAUGAACAACAAAGCAUCCAUAUAAGUGACGACUUUAUAAGAGAGUCAUUGUACACCCGUGGUGUUGAGAAGCCAAACAAGGACCUGCUGCUCACCCCGCUGGGCUGGCACCACAGCGCCCUGGAGAACCUUCGCGAGGAGAACGGCGAGAGACCGGCCAUGGAAAUGUUACUGUCAGCGAGCCACACCCACGCCACGGCCGUGCUGCAGCAACUGCUGUGCAUGCAGUGCCUCCCGCUGGCUUGGUGCGAUGGGGUGCUGCCUAUCGUGGACCAGGCCGUGCGCUGUGUCCGGCCAGACGUCAAGAAUGACGACGACGACAUGGACAUCCGCCACUACGUGCACAUCAAAAAGAUUCCAGGUGGGAAGAAAUUUGACUCUGUAGUCUUGAAUGGAUAUGUCUUCAGCAAGAAUGUGGUACACAAAAAGAUGAACAGCUGCAUCAGAAAUCCCAAGAUUCUGCUUCUCACCUGCUCCAUUGAAUACCUGUACAGAGAAGAGACCAAGUUCUCCUCCAUUUGUCCAAUUGUCCUGCAGGAGCGGGAAUUUCUGAAGAAUUUCAUUGCUCGCAUCGUGGACAUGAAGCCACACCUGAUGCUGGUGGAAAAGACAGUGUCUCGGAUUGCUCAAGACAUGCUUCUGGAGAAUGGCAUUGCACUGGUCACCAACGUCAAACGGAAAGUGAUGGAGAUGGUGAGCCGCAUGACUCAAGGCGACCUGGUACAUUCCAUAGACCAGUUGGUGACCAAACCCCGUCUUGGCUCCUGCCACAAGUUCUACGUUAAAGCGUUUCAGCUGCCUAAUGGGAAGUCCAAGACACUGAUGUUCUUUGAGGGCUGUGCACAGCAUCUGGGCUGCACAGUGCUACUGCGGGGAAGCGGGGCAUAUGAGCUGGCCCGCGUAAAGGAGAUCAUCCUCUUCAUGGUCUACAUGGUGUACCACUCUCGGCUGGAGAUUUCCUUUCUCAUGGAUGAGUUUGCCUGGCCGCCCUCGCUCUCCCGAGCCGAAUCCCUGCAAAGCAUUGGCUCUGAGGUUGGCAAUAAAACCAGGGCCAUCGCGCACAUUGAAGACCCUGCUUCCAAGAGUAGUGAUGGGCUUCGGAGCAGCAUCACAGACCAAGCACACGACUCUUCGGACGAUGCCCAGGAAGCGGACAACCUGAGUGGUCGCACGUUAACGAGUGGAGACCUGAAUUCCAAUUUAAGUGCAGAUGGAGUGAUUGAAGAUGAUCCAACCGGUCACUUUAGACCAGACUGUCUAGAUUGUGCAAAGGUUUUGGUUGGAGAGCAUUCAAUCACUAAUGUCAAGAAUGAUGGCUCGGAGCCUCCGACUCUUAACGAUUCCCCAUUUGGGCUGGAUAUGGAGACUAACAUUCAUAAAGGUCAAAAAGUUGAGACUAACGUUGAAGACCAUGUUCCAGCGAUGCUUGCUCUCCAUAGCAAGGAGGAUCAUGCUAUUACUAAAGCAUCAAGUAUUUAUGAUAGCAGCAGAGACGCAAUGAAAUCAUUGUCCCCUGAAAAUGAAGAUGCAUCUAAACCUACUCUAGGUAAAGGGGCAGCAGAUAUGGCAGAUGGGAGCAGCAUGAGCAGUUUGACCAAAAAAACAUACACUCAGCCAUUUCCAGACCACUCCGACCCACUACGUGCCAGGUGUGAGGUAGCUGUCAAGACAAGGGUGGAUGACGAGUCUCAGUUCCACGACCCACUGCGAUACGACAUGGGCCACUCUGCACGCUCUGAGGAGGAGAGCCACGAGGAGCGACUGAGAAAAAUCACCCGCACGUUCGUGACGGAGAUGAGGGACGUCAUCCUUUCGGUGUCUCCGUACAUGACGUUUCCUGAGCCAUUUGUACUAACCGAUGCUGGUUCACGCAGCCCUUGCCGCUGCUACUUUUCCGAUGAGAUUUUCUGGUCAGCGCUGUGCCACAAGGAAGCCAAGGACAUGGAAGACCGUCGCAAGAAGCAGCUGCUACGGGAUAUGACCACCGCGCAUCUUGUCCCCAACGGCGCUGUCUCUUCUCAAAGACCCUUCGUUGUUGUCGAGAUGCCCAACCACAAGCUGCUUUCAGCCAAACUCAUAGAGCCCUUGGCCAAGAACAUGGAGCUCGCCCGGCUCCUGGCCGACUACCGGGCACAGGGGGGCAGCCUGCGGCUACAAAGCCGGCACAUCUUGAGACCUGGCACGGAUUGGAAUGACCAGGACCACGAUCCAGAGCAAGCUUGCCGUGAACGAGAGUCUUCCUGGGCAUCCUUGGACUGUGCCGAGGAAUCGAAGCAGCAAGACCCUUGGCAAAGAAAGAUUGACAGCUUGAACCCCCUGCACCAUCAGAAGCUCUGCGUGCUGUUCAGCAGCUUCUCCCUGUAUUCAAGCAAUGCUCCCAACCCUUGUGUAAGCCCAUGGUUGGUGACAAUGGAAUUUUACGGAAAACAGGAUAUCACACUUGGGCUUUUUCUGGAGCGGUACUGUUUCAGGCCGUCGUACAACUGCCCGAGCAUGUACUGCGACACCCCCAUGGUGCAGCAUGCCCGCCGGUUUGUGCACGGAAAUGGCUGCGUGCAAAUCCUGCUUAAGGAGCUGCAGUCGCCCGUGCCCGGAUACCAGCACAGCAUCCUCACCUGGUCCUGGUGCUGCCUUUGCCAGCAGGCGACACCAGUGGUGCCUCUCUCGGCCGACUCGUGGGCCAUGUCAUUUGCCAAGUACCUGGAGCUUCGGUUCUACGGUCAGCGGUAUACGCGGAGAGCCAGCGCCGAGCCCUGUGGCCAUUCCAUCCACCAGGACUACCACCAGUACUUCUCCCAUAACCAGAUGGUUGCGUCUUUCAGCCACUCUUCCAUCCGCCUGCGCCUGAUCUGCCUGCCUCCCCUGGUGGUGUGCAUUCGGCCACACCACCUGCCCCUGGCCACCCGGCUUGCUGACCUUAAAGACCUAACCACACAUGUGCAGCAGGUUUACCAGGCUGUCGAUGAAAGGCUGAGCUCCCUCAAAACGGAGACCUUCAACAAAAGCCGGGAGGAGAAGGUGGAAGACAUGUUCGCACAGAAAGAGAUGGAGGAGAGUGAAUUCAAAGAAUGGCUGGAGAAGAUACAGGCUCGCUUGCUGACCAGCGCAGGGGAUGCCUCCCACCAGCCCCGUCUGUUCUCCGAUGUGCUGAUUGGACAGAAGCAGAAGCUGUGCGAGAUGGUCCACGCCUGGAACAACCGGCUUCAGGACAUGUUCCAUCAGGAGAAGGGGAAGAAGCGACAGACAGUGCCACCGAGCCCUGGACGCCACCGGCAUGCUGAUGACAGGAACAGUGCCCACGAUACCUCUCCAAGGGUGGUGUCAACCAGCAGCGAUAAGGAGGAACAAGGCAGCUCGCUGGGUCCUCCGGGCACCAGCGCCACGCACCUGCAGCCACCGUCGCCCUAUGAGGCACCCACCUACAACACAGAGCCUGAGCAACCGCAGGAGGAUGUGGUGGAAGGAUUCUUUGGCACCUCCCAGGAGGCCCAGUUUAAGGAGAAGUCAACAAUGAAAGCCAUCAUAGCCACACUCCUGCCUGGCAUCAGCUACAACCCCAUUCCUCUGCCUUUUGAGCCGGACGAUCAUUACGUAUUUGAGUUCGAGCGAGUGCCCAUUGUAGUGUGUGAAAAGGAACCCAGCACAAUCAUUGCCUUUGCGCUCAGCUGCAAAGAGCACAAGGCUGCACUGGAGGAAAUUGUUCGAGUCCUGGGAAGAAUGGGAAGUGAAAAGUCUACAGGCAGCGCGGGUGGUGUGGAGAAAAAGGAGAAGAUCGUCAGCCCGGGCAAGAGUCCUGAGACCAUCUUGUCCGGCGGUCGCUCCUCUGAGCCAGAGACUGGGAGGAAGAUCUCAGGAGGAGGGAUGCUCUCCUUCUUCCGGGGCACGGUGACUAAGCCGCCUGUCGAGGCCGGAGAGAGGAAGAAGGCCGAGACCCUGCGGGGAGCGGAAUCGGUCCAGUGCACAGUUGGGCAGGGGUCCAAGGAUGUACCCGAUGCCCAGGGCCUGGAUGAACCUGAUGGCUCUGACAAACAAAAGAAGCAAUCCGUCCACCCCCACAUUGAAAUCCAGUUCUCCGACUCAAGUUGCCGGUUUUACUGUCGCGUGUACUAUGGGGAGGAGUUCCGCAAGCUGCGCGAGGUGAUCUUGAGCAGCAGUGAGGAAGACUUCAUCCACUCACUCUCCCACUGCAUGCCGUGGCAAGCUCGCGGAGGAAAAUCUGGCUCCGCUUUCUACGAGACGCAGGAUGAGCGUUUUAUUCUGAAGCAAAUGUCUCGUCUGGAGGUGCAGUCCUUCUUGGAGUUUGCGCCACACUACUUCCACUACAUCACCAACGCUGUGACCCAAAAGCGUCCAACGGCUCUCGCCAAGAUCCUUGGCGUGUACAGAAUCGGAUUUAAAAACUCGCAAACCAACACGGAAAAGAAACAAGAUCUCCUGGUAAUGGAGAACCUCUUCUAUGGCAGGAAAAUGACCCAGGUGUUUGACCUGAAGGGCUCGCUGAGGAACCGCAAUGUGAAGGCAGAGCUGAGCAAGGAGGGGCCAUGCGAGCUCGUGCUGCUGGACGAGAACCUGCUGCGGGUAGUGCGAGACGACCCGCUCUACGUGCGCCCGCAUUGCAAGGCGGCGCUCACUGCCGCCAUCCUCAGGGAUGCCCACUUCCUCUCCAGCCACCUCAUCAUUGACUACUCUCUCCUUGUCGGCUGGGAAGAGGAAACGGGGCAACUUGUACUCGGCAUUAUAGAUUACAUACGAACCUUCACCUGGGACAAGAAGCUUGAGAUGGUGGUAAAAUCUGCAGGGAUCCUUGGUGGCCAAGGCAAAAUGCCAACGGUGGUGUCACCUGAGCUAUACCGAGCCCGUUUCUGUGAAGCCAUGGACAAGUACUUUCUCAAGGUCCCUGACCACUGGACAGGACUAGGUUUAGGUAUUGAUUACUGAACUGCGUUAUUACUGUUACUAUGGCUAUCUCUUUUGUGGCAUUAACAUGUGUUUUUGUGCUAUUUUAAAUUACUUGCAUUUAGACACUUUAACACUGCUGCAAAUUGUGCUUUGUGUGCAUUUAACAUUUUGCCUGUGGACCAGUACCUUGCGAUAACCCUUAAAUUAUGUUGGUAUAAUUGAGCACAAUUAAUUAAAAUUGUAAUUUUAAUGUUGGCAGUAGCUUUUUUCCCUUUUUUAUAUACUGUCUUCAUUUUUAAGCAGGUGACUUAAAAUGCUUUGAAAUAUAAAUACGGUACAGCCUGUGAGAUUUUUUUUAUUUAUCCUUGCAUAAUACAAUGGCACUUAUAGGUGUGAAUGUCAAAUACUGUGAUUUAACAUUGACUUUACAAAUCUAUGGUCGACCGUUUUUGAUUAAAAAAAAUUGAGUUUGUUUUUAUCUUGGCGGGGGGGGGGGGGGGGGAGUUAAGAGGUGUUAUUUACCAAUGCUUUCCCUCAGUGUUUAUGACCAAAGACCCAGGUAUUAACAGCACUUGACCUGAAGAGAUGAGCAUGCUGCAGUUUUUUUAUCGCACUGCAUAUUGUUUUCAUAUUCAGAAAGUAUUCCAAUGAAGUGUAAUGUACCUUUUUUUACUUUUACCUAAAUGUUUCUUUGGGCUUGUCCUAAAAUGUGCGAUUUUUAUCUAACAUGCUGCAUUAUUAUUAUUAAAACGGUGAAACCCCACGUGACUAAUGUUAUGUAUGCAACCUAAAGGUGUGUAAUUUACACUUAUGCCUUAACUUUAUACAGGCACCUCUGUAAUAGUCAUACAAUAGAGCACUGAAAUAUCGAAAGCAUGUGCAAUAAACAUUGCCUUUAUUCAUGA